AGUUCAGUAGAGAUAGGGUGCAUAGGGUGACCACACUACUCCCCUUUUGCAUUAAAUGCGAUUAUUCCGCCGGUGAACAGUGCAGUCGAGAUACAUCGGGGCAAACAGUAUGCAGGUUAUAGUAGUGAUCAGGCAGUCGGGUGAAAGAGCAUCUAACAGACGUUCAACAGGACAUAAGUCUUAAGUUUUCAAUAUGUGUGGAUAUAGAUAAGACUACAUUCAUCUUUAUAGUGUUUAUAUUUUUACAUGUCAAUCGAUUACGGUACGGUUAAUUAAGUGACAUGUGAAAAGUCGACAUAACUGUACAUGCGAAUUUUAUCUAAUAGUUACACAUUCGUUUAACCUUUAGUAAAGCGCGCAUUAACGUUAAGGCUCACAGAGGAGUACUUAAUAUUGCAAUGGCGAUGACGGCCUCACAAAAUCCUGUCGUGACUUCUUGGAGAGAUCCCGACCAAGUAGUGGACAUGAACGGUACGACUCCGACUCCGGUUCAGCCACCACCGCCACCACAACAGCCGGCGCCACAGUCUUCACAACCACCGGCGUUAACUCCCUCGGCGGUACCGCCACCGGUACAGACACAAGUCUCACAACCUGUGUCCAACGGUGGAGAUUCGUCGGCGUCAAGUCAAAAUGGAAGCUCAACUCCGGACAGUAAAAACCAACAUAUAGAAUGUGUUGUAUGUCAUGAUAAAAGUUCGGGAAAACAUUACGGACAAUAUACAUGUGAGGGUUGUAAAAGCUUUUUUAAAAGAUCCGUUCGUCGGAAUUUAACAUACACAUGUCGGGGAAACCGGAACUGCCCGAUGGACCAACACCACCGGAACCAGUGUCAGUACUGCCGGUUCAAGAAAUGUUUGAAAAUGGGGAUGCGGCGGGAAGGUAGGUCCACUGACUCUACGCUUCUUCAUUUCCACGGCGGAAUCGCUGCAGCUGUACAGAGAGGCCGAGUCCCACCAACUCAGCACCCCUUUGCUGGUCAGAUGGCUUUCACCAAUGGGGAUCCACUGACGGGUCACACGUACCUAUCAAGUUUUAUAUCAAUGCUUCUUAGGGCGGAGCCCUAUCCAACUUCUCGUUACGGACAAUGCAUGCAGCCUAAUAACAUCAUGGGCAUCGAAAACAUUUGUGAACUGGCAGCAAGAUUACUUUUCAGUGCCGUGGAAUGGGCUAGAAACAUUCCCUUUUUUCCAGAAUUACAAAUCACGGACCAGGUUGCUUUACUUAGGUUAAGUUGGAGUGAAUUAUUCGUUUUAAAUGCGGCUCAAUGCUCAAUGCCAUUGCACGUGGCACCGUUACUGGCCGCAGCGGGACUGCAUGCGUCACCGAUGGCGGCGGAUCGAGUUGUAGCCUUUAUGGACCACAUUCGAAUCUUCCAAGAGCAAGUAGAAAAAUUAAAAAUUCUUCAUGUGGACUCCGCAGAGUAUAGUUGUUUGAAAGCCAUAGUUUUGUUCAGCUCAGAUCGUAAACCAGAACCAGCACAGAGACUUUCAAAUGCAUAUAAUGCAUGCGGAAUAACGGACGCAAAUCACAUCGACAGCAUACAGGAAAAAUCCCAGUGUGCACUAGAAGAAUACUGCCGGAGUCAGUAUCCCAACCAGCCCACACGGUUCGGCAAAUUGUUACUCAGGCUUCCAUCCCUGAGGACCGUAAGUGCGUCAGUUAUAGAGCAACUGUUCUUUGUACGAUUGGUCGGGAAAACACCAAUCGAGACUCUUAUAAGAGAUAUGCUAUUGAGUGGGGGCUCGUUUAACUGGCCCUAUAUGGCAAUACAAUAGCAUCUCCCUGAAUCGCUAGUCUUUCGGUUUUUCUGUCACUUGAAUAAUUGAAAUUUUAUUGGAUUUUAUUGAUAUGUUCUAUUGCUUCCAUGGUGUCAGCGAAACAAACAGAUAUGCAGAGUAGGUUUUAGAAGCCGAAGUUAUUGAGAAAAUAGUACAUAAAAGGGUGUUUAAUUGUAGAAAUAAAUUGUAAACUGUCUCAACUGAUGUGCACAAUGCAUUUCUAAGAUUCCCCUUAUUUUAUUGUAAUCUAAUAAGGCUCGUUCUGAUUAAAUUCCAAUGAUUCUGGUCGACAGAGUAAGAUUAUGAAAUUGUUGUUAUUUUGUUGUUUAGUAAAUGGUGUUAGAAGAAUAGUUUUAAGUUUCCACUUUGCUAAAAUGUAAAUAUUCAAAUGUAUAUUUUACAAAAGUACCUGGAAAAUGGCUCAGUUAUUCGAUCAGAUCAUUAGUAUCAUGUUGCUUGAAGUAUUUUCCACCAAUAAUGGUUGGGAGAAUAUGGCUUGCUUUGAUUCCUGCAUCAUCAAGAAGCUUUUUUAAAAACAAAACCAAUUAAACUGUCUACACACACCCUUCACAUGUUUACUAUUGUAACGUUUAAGACGCCAAAAAUAUUCUUAGCAUACUUUUCCUGUAUAUUUUUCUACAUUUUUGAAAUGUUAUAAUUAUGAAAUUAUUUAACAUUGCCAUGCGUAAGGGUAAUUGUAUUACCGUCAUUAAAAUAGUCAUUUUGUAAAUUAUUCAUUGUCAUUGAUCAAACUUAAAUAUAUAAUUAGUCAGGUUUUAAACCAUUGUCAGUUAUUGAUAGCUGGAUGCGAAACUAAAUAAAAGCUCAAACUAAUGGUAAAUGAAAGUGAUAAAAAGAAAACCAAAUAGCUUCUUGACGUCACGAAUGACGUCAUUUAUGUUUUACUGUGCAACAAAAGUAUUAUACUGCGUAACUUUUAUCAAAACUAUUUUGUUAUUCAGUAUCUUGUUCAAAUUUCACACAUUUAUUUUUCGAAAAACGUGCAGUUCGCAAUUCCAUUUCCAUUGGUGUGAUUCGCUUAUUGAGCAGAAAAUUAGUUUCGCAUGCAGUUUCCAUUUUUUUAUGCAUACCCAUUUCUACUUGACAUGUUCGCCAUGUAAUGGUGAUAGUUACAUUUAUUAUCCAUAAAAUGACACAAACAACAUGCUUUUAUUGCAUGUAAAAUUAAAUGUAUCUCAUAAAAUUUAGUUCAAAACAAAAUAUGUUGUAAAACAUUACACAAAACACAAAAAGUGCAUAUUGACAACAUGAGUUUUGCCAGAUUGGAAGGGGCCAUUAUUUUAUUAAUUGAUAUAUAAUGUUACAACAUCAAACUAAAUGACGGAAAAUUUAAACGUUUUUCAUCUCAUUUUGCUGAUACUGAGGCUCCAUAGGUCUUUUAAAGUUGCCCUCAAAGUCUCUACAUUAAUAUUCGAUGUCAUGGUUUUUCCCUGAUCAGCAAAACAAUUAAUUGUUUCUGUCUACAUAAGCGUAUAAUGUCCAUGCCAUAUCCUGUUUCUUGUUCUCAGUCUUCAUGGAUGCGGUAUCUUUAUAAAUAUUAUUUUCAAAUUUGCUAGCAAACAAACUGCUUUCGGAAUAACUGCUGCAUUUUUAUAAAAUAUGUUAUGUGAAAUUUAUUAAUACUUUUUAAAACUAUUUAAUUUUGACAUUUAUUUGAUCCACUUUCCUUCAAAAUAUAUAAUAUGAAAUUCAGUUUGGUAGAAUGUUGAAUACUCUUUUAAUAGUAUAAUUUAGCAAACUGGAAUUAAGAAACAGGAUUUUGUGGUAUGAAUUCAAUUGGCAGCACACAUUUAAAUCGUAUCUUUUAGAAAUACAUAAUUUGUAUUGUUUCGGUAACUCUGGGAACAUUGUGGUAUGGAAAUAAAUAAGCUAAACAAUUUCUUUACAGAAGGGGAUAAUUCUAUUACAUUUGAAUUUAACCUUUAUUAUGAAGCCCAUGGAACCGAAACAAUUCAAAGUGUUUUGUUGGCCUAAUUCGCAGCAGAUCAUGUGUAAUCGACGAUUUGCUCACAAUAUCAUGUUAUUUCAAAGAAAAUACUCAAAAGGAAAUCACAGUUACAUGUUUUAGAUAUUUAUAAAAUGUUGGGCAGGUUAAAUUACAUUCCAGUCACAUUUCGAGAGGUUACAGCUGAACAGUCCGCAAGGAUAAUGCAAAAGACCUUUGUCCUUUUUGCUAGUUUUUGAUUGUAAAGCCUCCUGUCAUAAAGUAGCAUGUGUUUGACAGAAAGCGAGAUGCUCUGAUAUGAAUUAACAGUAUUUUUAAGUUGUGCUAUGAACCGUUAUAAUCUACCCUUAUCCCAACCAGAAUUUUUUAAACAGAUAAAUAAUUUGCAUUUGAGUGAUAUUUUAACACCAGUUUUCUAAGUAAAUUUGAAGUUUUCGUAAAAGAUUCAGAUACCCAUGUUUUGUCAGCAGGGGAAGAAACAUCGGCGAAAGCAUUGUUAUUGAAAACGUUUAUUAGGACAUUGUUUUAAAAUUAAUCCGCAAAAAAUGUUCAUCUUUAAUAAGAAAACAAAAAUAACUAUUUUAAAACAGUUUCUGGCCAGUGCUUGACAUUAGGAAACCUGUGCACCCUGGUAUUUAGCUGUAACCACUCGAAUUAUGAUCUCAGUGCUAAAACGUUUGCUUCCAAUAUAUGCGUUGUUGGCUUAAAUUUCAUUUAAAAAAAUGAAGCAAAAUAGAAGGAAGCUUCCAGUAUUCAUUAGCACAAAAACUGCAUUAAAAUCUCUUUGAAAUUUCUGUGAAUUGCACAUUCUCUUCUGGAAUUUUAUAAUUUAAAACACGUUUUGACGGAUUCUCAUUUUACAAACCAGAUUAGUAGUUUUAUUGCUUUUCUUUGUUUUAGCCUUUUUAUCUAUAAUGCAGUAAUUUUAAUCAGAGCAAUGUUGUUCAUUUUUAGUCUUUCAUUUAUUUCAUGUCAUUUUGUACAAAGUGUCACUUUCAUAUAAUGGUUCAAAACCAGAUCUUUAGUAGAAUAUGUAAUAAGAGCAAAAUCCAACUAUUUUGUUGCGUCCAUUUUAUUCAUAUGAAUUAAAAAAGCACACUGUUUUCUAAUAUAAAAGAUAAAACGCAUGCAAUUGAAAAUAAUGUUUUGGUUUAUAAUAUAGCACAAGACAUUUUAUAUUGUUUUUUAUUCAUGAAAAAAAAUUCACAAGAGAAAAGUUGGUGUUUUUAAAUAAUAAUUGCGCUUUAUGAGUAAACUUAGGUGCUUUUAAAGCUCAAAGAUAUGCCAAAAGGUUUUACAAAAAGCAUAAUAUCAUAGAAAUUAUUAUGUUUCGUUUUAGAUAUUUUUUAUUUUUCCCCUUUAAAUGUGCUAUGUUCCAUACAUACGGUAUUGUAUGCCAAAACACGUUUCUCCUUCUUCCUUUGUUUUGGGGUGGGGGUAAAAAUGUUUAAUCCAUAUGGUGUUAAAUUUGAAAAAGUUCUGACUCGUGCUUCUCAGUGUGUGUGUAGCCUGAUUAUAACGGAAUAUUUCUAAAUCUACUCCUAGUGAGUCUUUACUAUAAAAUGACUUUAACAUGUCUUAUUUGUUUCAAAAUACUUUAUCCUGAAAAUUAGCCGAAACUUUUAUUACUUUAUACAUAAAAAACGUCAUCCAUGUUUGUAACCGUUUUAUUGCACCUAAAGUCUGAUGUGUUGGAAUUGCUUUUGUGACAUUGCCAUCACUGGCUGUUUUUUUUUUAAAAAUCUUUCUGUUCAAAAGGUUUAUUUGGCAGUGUACUGAGUUCUUAUUCCACUAAAAUAUUUACAUCUUUUUCAUAAUUUCUAAUUAUUACCCAUUUUUCUUAAAACAUUGAAAAAAUAAAGUAAGAUUUUUUUUUGCCAUUAUAAAAGACAUUUUUUGUUAGAACAGUGUAUAUAUAUGCAUGCCAGAAUGCAUAGUAUAACAUACAAAUGACUUCAAUACUUUGAUUCUAAAUCAUCUCCAUAAUCCUUUUCAAGCAGUAACAUGUUUCAUUUGCAUAUUUUUUUUCUAUAUCACAAAGACUGUACUAACAUGUUUUAUGUAUAAUAUGUGUUUAACUUGUAAACCUUGUGUGUUAUUAUGAUUUUGUUAAGAAGUUAGACAAAGUAUUAUGUGUACUGUUAUCUAGUGUUGUGCUUAAAUUUAUUAAAGUGUCCAAGACACAUUUCUUUCCGCUUACAGAAGAAAUAAAACCAACUUUAUUUGUA